AUGGUCGCCCUUCGAUGUUCGGUCUCCCCACGCCGUCUCGCCCCGCCAGUCUCGUCAUGUCAUACAACGCGGCCCCGUACUUUAGCUGCUGCGUCCUGUCCUCUUCUCCCAACCACCCUCAACCUUCUCACCUUUUCGCUCCUCUACUACGCCAUGGUAUCAGCAAUUGAGCGGCUCUGGGACGCCCUCAUCGACUACGCACAUGUUUGGUUGCUGAAACACAGUCCUGCCCCUGAUCAUGCCCUCGAAGACGAUUGGGCCCAGUUCGGCCUGUUGCCCGACACCCUUGCCAACCUCCGCCGCAUCGUUAAAGCAUCGGGCAUUGAAGCCUUGGAGUAUCUCCUAGUUGGUGACGAUCACCCACCAGACCCCACGCUGGCUAUCGGCAUAGCCAUCAAUCCGCGCACCUUUGUACAGAAAGAUUCCUCUCCUUCGGCUCGUUCGCCGGUCUACCCGUCCUCUGUCAUCCUCGCUGACUUGGACGCUCCUCCCUCUUCCACUCGCUCGCCGCGCUCAACUUCGACCUCUCCGACCACUAGCCCACGGCCCAUCCUGAAGUCGCCGAGCUCUCCGCGUGAUACGUCGCAUCGCAAUGUCGGCUUCGCGAUGGAUUCGGACUUUUGUUCAGCCCGUUCUCUUCUGGAUUGCUCUCAAGACGCCGUCAUCAAGCUGAGUGUUACACGCAUAAAGGAAGCGUAUUCGUUUGAAACGAUCGUUCGCAUUGUGUUCUGGACACCCACUCCAGAGCGCCUCAAUGCCGUGGUACAAGAUCGAUACCAUUCGAACAUGCGAGCUACUUGGGCGUCGUCGACAUACCCAACGCUCAUGCCCACCUACCACCACAACGACAUAGUACGACUCCGUGGUCGCCUCCAAAUCGCUAAGUGUCGUCCUGGUUCUUCGACGGCCACGCCCACGCAGGUGACCUUCGUCAUUCGCUAUGCGUGGCUGGAGGGAUCUUGCGACGAUGUCCUGAGCGGGACGCCGAAAAUGUUCGUUCACGGUAUGUGCGCUAAGCGUGAGUUUGAGGCCCAUUGCAUGUCUGCUGUGAAGGCCCGCUACGAAGCCAUCAAUGAGCAUAUCGUCGGCGACAUGGAAUCACUGAAGGCCCUCAUUCGCACCAAUGAGCACGGAACAUAUGAUGAUGUCGUCACCGUACCCUCGCUGGAUAUGCUUACGCCGCAAGAGAUCGCCUCAGAUCUAAUUCGUUCUGCGUUCAACUGGCGUCGCAAACACUCCCAGGGAACGCCACUGUCCUUGCGUACAAUCCUUCGCGACAUUGCAAAGCCCCUCCUCCUUCAUCAAUUUUCACAGCGAACGCACGCUGUAUGCCAGGCUUUGACCCGCCUCAUUCACGAUGGCGUUGUCCGCGAAGCUAUCAACAAACACGGCGUCAGGAUCUCAAUCAGCGUCGUUAAUCUGUCCCUUCCUUCGUCAAGCAUACUGUCUUCUACAAACGGUGACGGGUCAUCCGGAGCUUCCAAUUUCUUGCUCUGUACGGUAGUCGUCAUUGACGUGGCCAGCGUCGCCCUGUGCUCCAACACUUUCAACAGGCGGAAGCCCGAGAACUCGCGCCUGUCAUCCGUCGAUAGGCCGUCCACGUCGACCUGCUUCUCCGCAGGGCCUGACCGCGUGUUCCCUCUGCGAUGUCCAACGCUCGUCGUCCGCUACUCCAGUUUGGCACGCGUCUAUUCGUCGCCUCGUGCUUGUGCCUUCCAACCCCUAGUCCCCGACUUCGCCGUCGUGCCCUCCUGCGGCUUUGGGCCCUCGUUCUGUCGCGUGCCCGGCCUGUGUCUCAUCCCGGCUUACACCCCGCCCCGCGCGUUUCAACUCCGGGUGUUCUCGGAGCUCCGUCCGUUCACGGGCUCGCCCAAGUCUUCAUCUGUUCGCGCAAGCUCUGGCUGGUUUCUUCUAGACAUCUUGAGUGCUGCGCGGCUUGGUGCCCGCUCGUCCGCUUCGGGAGUCUGCGUGGCACGUCACAGGCCUCUGCGCAUUUCGUGUUCUGUGAAGGUAGUUCGGUUCGCCAUCUGCUUGCGUACAUGCGUUCUCGUCGUCCGUCUCAAGCGCUGGGCAUACGCCGGCGGAUUCAUACACGCCCUCAUCGUCCAUGACACUGGUCUCUUCCGUACCACGCAAGGCGAUGACACCUCCCUUCCGGCGUUGAGCGACCUUGUCCCGAGGUUGGCCGUUCAGCAAAGUUCUCUCGCUCGCAACUCAUCCACAGGCAAGACUGCCACACGUACGGGGCGGGUUGCACAAUCGGCUCGUAUGUCGGACUGCGAUCUUAACGCAACCCGCCCAAAUGGUCACUCCGCCAACUCAGAGGUAGCCAAUGUUUCGCCUGUCCUCCGUGGUUUGACGGCAAAAAUUGCCCGGUCAAACUCUGUUCUUCGCCUUGUCAACCUCUGCGUCAUACAUCGGCCGCCUUCCUUCUACGGACUGUCCUCCGUUCCACACACGCGUAUCCGUACGCUCGGUUCUCCCGAUUUGGUUACCUUUUAUACCCUCCCGUCCGUUCUUCUGGGCUCCCCAUUCCAGCUACUCCCCCCUUUUCGUGAACGGACGCCUCUCUAUCCGCACUCGCCAUGGUCUUGCCAGCCUUCGACCGCCUCUGGGCCGCUCUACCGAAGCACGCUCAUGACGACACGUUUGACUGGGGUCAGUUCGACAUCCCCCGUCACGCCAUCGAAAUUGCACGCAGAAUCGUCAGACUCCAUGGUUUGGAAGCCUUGGAGAACGAGCUCGACACUCAUCUCGCCAGACGAUGAUGUUCGCUUACCGCCGCUCGAUGUUCUCUCCAUCCCGCCGGGUUUCGUCUCCGCCUGGGGUUUGGUGAACUUCCCGCACAUGCGCCGAUGCCUUCUCGCCCCCGAUAAGGCCUUCAUCAAGCUGACCAUUAGCCACCUACGCUACGCUUACCAGUUAAUUGACGAGGACGGCACCGCGACGUGGUGGCUUUAUGGGGCUCAGCUGCCUGAGAUUGAAACGAUCGUCCGCGUUCUUGAAUGGCGUCUUACGCCUGACGCCCUUGAGGCUGUCAUUGAAGACAGGUACGGUAGGCAAAUCACUGCCACUUGGGACAUGGACUCUUAUGAGGUCCUUGCUCCUCCUGCUCAGCGGGAUGAUAUCAUCCGCGUGCGAGGCUCCCUCAAGCUCGUUACGCCACCCCCACGUUACGGAUUACACGACGACCAGCCUUACAAGCUUUUCGUCAUACGGUACGCCUGGCUUGAGGGCUCGUGUUUCGAUGCCCAGAGCGGUGCGCCGCAAAUGUUCAUCCACAACAUGCAGUCCAAUCGGGCCUACGAUGCUCAUGUUCUCUCAGCUUGCACGGCUCGCCAUGCAUUGAUACACCAACUUCACGUUCCAAGUAUGGACACCCUCAACGCCCUUAUCGAAAUCGGCGAUCACGCGGUGUCCGACGAUGUCACUACGGUCCCAUCGCUGGACAGCAUUGCACCCCACCGCGACAUCUGUGCCGAUAUACUUUACAAAGCGUUCCUCGACCGUCACUUCAGGGCUCCCGGUGAUCCUGUCACGCUCGCGCGGCUCCUACGGGAUGUUGCUCGGCCUGUCCUCAUAUGUGAGUGGGAGGACACUCUGUCUGUCCUCUGGGCUAUGAGCAUCCUCGUUCGCUCCCGCGUUCUCAAGGAAGCCGUGAACCCCGACGGUGACCGUAUCUACUUUUAA